UCGUGUGAAUUAAUCGCAAGAAUUGUAUCAUCUAUGUGUAUAUGUUUUUUAUGUUUGACAGUGGGUAAUUGGAUAUUUUUACAAGGAGAACAAAUAUUCAGUUAUACCUAAUAAUUGGUUGAUAGAAUGUGGGAAUACAUACCUUUGCAAAUGACCUAAAAAUGGAAAUAUUUCUAAAAUGAAAUCAUCUUUUGAGGGACCUGAAAAAGAUUGGCCAACGUUCCCAGUGAAAAUUAUUACACAGUCUUUUAAUACUUAUGAAGAAGCAGCUAUUAAGGAAAAAGAGAUUUUUAUAUCGUCAACAGCAUCUGAAUCUGAAAACAUUGAAAUAGUAAAAGAACAGACAAAAAAAAAGAAAGAACAUAGAAAAACCUACUUUCGGCGAUGAUAGCUGUAGCAUGCAGCAGUACUCAACUUACACCUAUGAAAAUUUUGAAAGUAACCAACAAUGAGAUUGGAGAUAAUGCUGCUUCUUUUAAAACUCCCGAGAAAACUCAAAUGACAAACUCUCUUGCAAUGAUGGAGCCACAAGUAUUUACGACUGCUUUUAAUUCAGUCUAUGAUUUGAGCCCUAUACAUUUGCCAAGCACUAUACCCCAUAAUGUGAUACCAAACACUACAAGUUAUAAUAACAUGAUGCCAAGCGAUGAGAUGUCUUCAACUGCAGAUAAUGCAAUUUUGAGACUAAUUCUGGAGAAAGUCUCAGCGACAUUGGCAUAUGUACAAAGAAUAGAUGAAAAGAUUAGCACAGGAUCAGUUAUGACGAAUAAUAAUAUAGCUAUAAACGAUGAAUUUUUGAAUUUAUUUCCUAUGAAAGAGGUUGUAUCUGUAAAAGAAAUAGAAAAGAAAUUAUCAACGGAAAUUGAAUUUGAAAAUCAGAUGAUAAUCUCAAAUUAAAAUAUCAAAUUAUUUUUACAUUUAAAACAAUAAUAAAAUACUUUUACAGACAAAUUUUGUAACUACAAUUGGUGGAAAUAACACAAACAAGUAACAACUAUGUAAAAAGAAUUUUUGGAGGAUUGUUUUCUAAUCAACUUGCUGUAAAAUAUUCCUGGACAGGAUUUCGUAAUAACUGCCAGCUUCAAAACUUAUACUUUAUUAAAAUUAUAAAAAAUAUUGCACCGAAGACAUUUAAUUCUACAGAGGUUGAAUUUGAAAACCAUGUGAAAAAUUGGUUUCGCCAUGGCCAGCAAAGACUAAGUCGCGAACAAAAAUGAAUUGUUCAAAAUUUCAAUGUUUUUAAAUAAAAUAAAUAUAAACCUACUUAUUCAUUUACUUGCUACAAUUUAAAGGGAAA